GGUAAGUAAAAGACUCAUUGAGUCCUUUCCUCAUCUUCAAAAAGUAGCCGAAGUAGAAUCUAAGUGGAAACCUGCCAGAAAUAUCUCCAAGAAUUCACCAUGCAGCGGAGCCGCAGCACCGGCACUUUGUCCGGCAUGAACACUCGGCUACUGGCCGCCCCCCCGGCUCUGAAGGGCGUGACCGUGGGGCUGCAGCCGGAUGCGCUGCGGGUGAGUCUCGGCGGCGCGGGGGGUACGAAUUGGUCCGCCGCGAGCAAAAACGUCGGGGCCUCCAUCUUCGACAUGAAGGUCGAGCCGCCGGUAGCCGUCGCAACCCCGUCCCCCUACUCCACCACCUCAACUGCGCAUCAUCUCCAAAGUUCGUGGCUCCAGGCGCAGGGUGAGUUUCUCCAUGGUGCAGGAGCUCCUGGACAACAACAUCAGCAGGCUACCACUGCUGUGAGCAGUAGUACGGCGGGCACGCCUGCGGGCUUCAGCAGCAAUCUGCUCUCUAGUACAUCUGCGCAGCCUUACACGCCCCAGUACUAUCGCAUGCCGUCCGGGCCGCAACAACUGACAGGCACGGCGUCGGUCGCCUCGCUGCACUUCCCUCCUCCGCCGCGGUCGUACCAGCAGUACCAGCAGGCGGCCGUUUUGUCGUCUAAUGCAACGUAUCAAAUGUAAAAAUGUCUGGGUCUGGUGGAAGGUAGUUGGAGCUUGUGAUGCUAAUUCUGGAUCAUGCAAAAAUCUGUGUUGCAUGAAUUCCAAAAGUUGCCCACUUUUGACGAAGUUGAGAGGAAGUUUCUCAUGCAGGAUAGGCAUGAUAGGGAUCCCGCAGAAUCUGUCAUGCUAGGUCCUGCAUUCCAGGUGACAUGGAUCAUGGAAAAUCUGCAUGACAGGUCUCGGAAUCUUCCAGACCAACCCAUUUUUGCAAUCCAUACGACGCCCAAUGAUCAUCACGUGGAUGUGCUCACCCAGAGCCAAUCGAUGGCGCAUUUAGCCGGGAUGAAUACAAAUGGGAUGCAAAUACAGCAACAGCAACAGCCGCACACCAUUCGGGUGGUCAGCACGCCGAACGGGACGCGGCAGUAUCACGCCGCGGGCGCACGACCCGGACAAACGCAACACGCACAGCAACUGCAGGCGAGCACAACGACCAGUAUUAAAGACGGCACGACAUCACACGGCACGAUUGCGACAGCCGGGAAACUGCACCAAAAUCUUCAACCGUCGACGUCCACGUCCUCCAGCAGCAAGGGCCCAGCAGCAGCACCUGCCUCGAGACAGCGGUCUUCCGGUAGCAAAACCGGAUCUCGCCCGGGCAGUCGCAGCGGCAGCAAAGCGGCGUCGAUGCAGCAGUUUCAGGACGGUGCUAAUAUUAACGCGUGUAACAACACGCAGUGCUUUGUGGUGGACGUUUCCUGUCUUGGGGCGAACCGCAGCGGGUUUCUGGAGGCCGAGCCGGGGGCCUAUGUGAGGUCGGGGACGGGGACUGGGAUGUUGCUCAGCGUCAAAGGCUUUUCGAGUGGGAAGCACUACUGGGAGUUCCUGAACACAGCAGAGCCCGGGCCGCAACAGCAGGUUUCUUGGAAGGGCUUUUUAUUGGUUGAGGUGGUCGUGCUUAUCCUUAUGCAUAUGCUUUUUGAUUUUGCUCUUCCUCUUCCUCUUGGCGAAUAGAAAUGGUUAUGGUUUAUAGUAGGCAGAGUGUUGCUCGGUCCUUAUUUUGGUCUCCGAAAAUUGAAAUUCAGACUGCCGGCGUGGAUAUCAAAUUUGGUGUGGUUCCGCGGGGUGUGGAAACACGAAUCAACAUCAAUCAGUCCGUCGAGGAAAACGAGGGUCAUUGCGUCACCUUGGCACAGGGUAGGCACUUCAGGCCAGGAGGUACAGUUGACGUUUUUCGAGGAAGGCGAAAACAAAGUCUCAACAUCUCGUGUCAUUGGUUCCUCAGGGGCUUAUCUUGAUUCAUUCUUUUUCGACAAUAAAAAUAGCCCCUAAAAAUAGUACGCCGGUCACGGCUUUUGUGCAGCAUGUGGUGAAAAAUCACAGAUACCCUCGGCGUCUUGCUCGACGCGUCGCAGCCACAAGCGAAGCUUUCGUUUUGGAUAAACGGAAAGUUUUCAGCCGACGCGCGGUCGCUCCCAGACAUCCCGAAGAGCUACCCGCUGUUCCCCGCGAUCAGCCUGGAGGGCAGCGAGGCGUCGUCGUGUAGCUUUGUCAUAAAAGAAAACCCGCCAGUCCCAGACUUGCUUCGCCACGCGCAAGCAGAGGCGGAGCACGAAGCUUCCGGGAGCCAUGGGGCCACGUAAAGGCUUUACUGGUUGGGGUCUUUUUACGUUUGCAGCAGUCAGUGUUUCUGUUUCUCUUUCUGCCUUGGCCUUCUAUCGUCAGUGAAGAUCUCUGUUGCUGUUAUAAGGUUGUACAUCUACAGGUACCAAGACGAGCUCAGCGCGCGAAAAGUUGCCGGUUUUCACACGGGGAACACGGUGGAAAUUAGCGCGAACGUUACGGAGGAUUUGUCUUUGACAGUUGGAGAUGCAGUGCUGUUCGUCGAGCUUGAGGAUGUCGCUGACGGUAUAAUUGAUACGAAUCGAUGAACACUCUUGCAUUUGCAAUAUCAUAAUACGCUUUUUAGCACAUCAUGCUAUCUAAUCCUAUGCCUUGUUUUCCAUUUCAGCUCUUUAAGUCUAACACCCUUAUGGAAACAAACAGAGAACGAGUGGCGUUUUGCAAUCGACCGCGAAGACGUCGUCGCACAGGAUGUCUUCUACCUGCACCGCGAAUUUGACCUGAACUUUCAUCCGGGCCACACGGUGCUGAAAGUGGCCUUCAAAUUUGUCGCCCUGGCGCCAGGCGUCGCCGUUUUCCGGAGUUGCUACCACGGCGCCCGGUGCGGGCCGCCCAGUGCCGCCUCGUGGAGACAGACCCUGCGGGUGGUCGUGCAAGAGGCCGCGGCGUGAGGCAGAGGCUGCAAGCAGGACGGGAGGCGCUUCAAGAGCUCCGACUUGUUUCCCGAAGGAGCUCUGGUCGCGAUGAAAUCUAAAGAAUUUUUAUGUGAUGAAGUUUCACAAAAACGCUGGUCCUUCAGCUUCAAUCGACGUCGUUGCAACUACGCCGGUCCUGUGCUGUCCUCAACUAUCGCCUCUUCUGCGUCAUGUGUGUCAAUCAAGAUCUUGUACGAUCGCGUCCUAAAUCUAACGACGAAACUACAUAGAUAAUGCCAACUUCGUGUGGUUCAUGCUGAGGCAGGACCAUUCAUCUUCUUGAUAUUUCUACGCACACGCAACGACAUUACCCACUGACUGCGCUCUAAAAUCUAAGGAAAGAAAUCAUAUUAGCCAGGAGAAUGACAAUGAGAAGAUUUUCAUUCAUCAUUCGUACACACGACUGCAGCUGGGAGGUCUCGCGGACGAAGAGUGCCGUGACAGCGUCGUC